CCCCCUCCCCCCAUAUGUAUGAAAAACGUUUUUAAAAAAAAAUCUCAUCUUUGAUCUUUUAUUUCGGACUAAUCAUUCCGAAAUAAUUUCAAAUAACCAGAUAUUCCUAAACCUUUUGCUUGUAUCAACUUACGUUAAAAGAUAGUAAAACAGAACAAAAACAAGUAUACGUAAAUCAUAGGAAAGAUUAAAAACAAAAACUAUUUUGCCAGAGAAAUAUGAAUGUUAUUUCUUAUUUUUCAGGCUGAUGUAUGUCACGCAUACCAAUUACUGAAGAAAGGAGGUCUGAAAGAUGAAAACAUCAUCGUAUUCAUGUACGAUGAUAUUGCUGACAAUACAGAGAACCCUAGACCUGGAGUCCUCAUCAAUAAUCCACAUGGUCAAGAUGUUUAUCAAGGUGUUCCUAAGGAUUAUGUAGGUGAAGAUGUGAAUGCUGACAAUUUUUUCAAUGUUAUACUUGCCAACAAAAGUGGUAUCACUGGGGGUAGUGGGAAAAUUUUGGACAGUGGCCCAAAUGACAAUAUUUUCAUCUAUUAUACUGAUCAUGGUGGUCCUGGGAUUGUUUCAAUGCCAACUGGAAUUGUCUAUGCGAACGAUCUGAUUAACGUGUUGAAAAAGAAGCAUGCUUCUGGGACAUAUUCUAAAAUGGUAUUUUACUUGGAAGCUUGCGAGUCUGGAAGCAUGUUUGAUGGUCUUCUUCCCGAAGGUCUAAAUAUCUAUGUCACGACUGCAUCAAAACCAGAUGAAAACAGUUGGGGAACGUAUUGUGGUUUAGGCCGUGGUGCUUGUUUAGUUGAGUGUCCUCCUCCCGAGUUUGACGGUGUUUGCUUGGGAGACUUGUACAGUGUUGCUUGGAUGGAAGACAGUGAUGUCCAAGAUCGACAAACUACAACGUUGGAUAACCAGUAUGACAGGAUUGCAAAUAGAACUGCAGCCAACCUAACAUAUGGUUCCCAUGUCAUGCAAUAUGGUGAUAUGGAGUUAAGUGUUGAUGCUCUUUUCCAGUAUAUGGGUUCUGUUUCCACAAGCCAUAGUCAAGCUCCCAGUCCCAUGGCAUCUGCUCCCAGUCCCAUGGAUGCCGCGUCAUUCUUGACAUCCUCAGAAAAUGUGAACCAACGUGACACUGAACUUUUCUACUUGACAUCCAAAUACCAAGGUGCUCCUGAAGGAUCUAACGAGGAAUUUGAAGCUAAUCGGAAGCUUAAUGAAGCUAUAUCAAUGAGAAAUCAAGUGGACAACAGUGUAAAACGUCUUGGAGAGCUUUUGUUUGGAGUCGAAAAAGGUAAUGAGGUGCUGCAGAGUGUUCGACCUGCUGGACAACCACUUGUUGACAAUUGGGAUUGCCUUAAAUCCUAUGUCAAGACAUUCGAGGCACAUUGUGGAAAAUUAACCGCGUAUGGGAAGAAACAUAUACGUGGUAUCGCCAACAUAUGCAAUGCUGGAAUUGAGAGUGAGGAGAUGGUUGCUGCAACUGCACAAGCAUGUUCAGGUUAAUUAGUAGAGGGUACUCUCGGCAAAGAGAUCAAUAAGUAUAUGUUUGGCCAGUUUCUGUCAUGGCUGCAACAUUUCACUUUGAAUAGAUAGCAACAAUGAGAAUAUAAGCACAUCUUGUCCAGUCUCGGUUAAUAAGUCAAAUAGGAACUUCUGAAGUGUUCGGAUAUGUAACUUGUCCUUUUUAUCUGAACGAAUUUGAAUCGAAAUCAUGAAUGAAGAAAUAAGCCAAGACACAAAAAGUCUUGAAUUGUCAU